CUACCACCACCAGCCGCCGCCACCACCGCUCCUCAUCCAUUCCUAUCUCAGUCAGCUCCAAGGAAGGAAGCCGACAACCAUGUCCGGCCGCGGCAAGGGCGGGAAGGGCCUCGGCAAGGGCGGCGCCAAGCGCCACCGGAAGGUGCUGCGGGACAACAUCCAGGGCAUCACCAAGCCGGCCAUCCGGCGGCUGGCGCGUCGUGGCGGCGUGAAGCGCAUCUCGGGGCUCAUCUACGAGGAGACCCGCGGUGUGCUCAAGAUCUUCCUCGAGAACGUCAUCCGCGACGCCGUCACCUACACCGAGCACGCCCGCCGCAAGACCGUCACCGCCAUGGACGUCGUCUACGCGCUCAAGCGACAGGGGCGCACCCUCUACGGCUUCGGCGGCUGACCUGCACCUGCUGCCCCGUCGAGUGAACUCCGCUAGCUGCUGCUGCUGCUGCUGUUCUUGUGAUAUGGUUUCGUUUCUGAGUGCGUGCGUUGUUGUUCCAUGUGCCUGUGUAGUUAGUGGAAGGCAAUGAAUCUGAAUGCAGUCAGUUCGUUAGAGUGUGUGUGUCUGUCUCUGUACUCUGUAUCCAGUUCUUCAAUGGAAUGUGAUGAAUAUGAAUGCAAUGGUAUUGUUGGUUCUCUCUA